AUGAAUAAUACUCAAAGGGAGCCGCUAAGAAGGCCAAAAUGCGACCCCUGGCAACUCACCAGUGUUACCGCAGGCCUAAGAAUUUUCCAAAUGUUUGGUUCGGCGGCGGUGUGUAUAUUUCUCGGAUGGGUUAACGCCCAAUUCACCGCCUCGUAUGCUGUUUCAGUUUAUUCGAUAGCCACUUUAAUUGCCGGGAUUUGCAUGAUUGCCACACAUACGGCCUCACUUCCGGCCACGACACCCGGGGUUAAUUGGAUUCUUUGGGAGCUUCUAUAUACCCUCUCAUUCGGCUUUAUGUCUUUCAUGCAAGUCGUAAUUCUUCUCUACUCAUCUCUUCGUUGGCAGCAUACCUCGUGGUGGCUAGCUACUAUUUUUGCCGUCCUCACUUGCGGCGCAUUCAUCAUCGAUUUCAAGCGAACAUCUGCGGUUUUCUCGCGUAACCCCCAGAUUCGCUACAGUACCGAAUUUUCAGAA